UGCGCAACAUUUAUAGGACCUCCGACGUUUUAGUUUCGACUCUCUCAUUCUCUGCCCUCCCCCUCCCCUCCUCUCUCUCUCUCUCUCUCCCUUCCUCCUUUGAGCGUCGCACUUGGGACGUCAAGUGUUGAGGUUGGAGUGUUGAAAGGGUUUCGGUUUCGGUUUCAGGAGCUUUUUUGGCGGACGGGACAGCACUCGGUUUGAGAGUGAUCAAGUGUGUGCAGUCUGCGGAGCGAGUACAACUAGUGUUUCGAAGAAAAUUAGUACAAUUGAUGCGAUUUGCCUUGAGUUGGGAGCAUAAGAUUGUGUUGUGUGGGAAAUAUCUGCCGAGAAAAGCGGACAAGUUGGUGACAUGAAGGUUGAGACAGUGAGAGAUAUUUGAAUUGGAAUGUGGAAGAAUCUUUGUAGAUAGGAGGAUCUUCGUCUUACGGAGGUAGUCUGCGUGGUGAAGGAGAGGAUUUGUGAGACUCGGUUGUGAGUGUUGUUGAUUUAGAGUCGUGAAUGCUUUAGUAGCUUUUUGAUAAAGGGUUAAAUGGCGUUUACGAUUUGUCGGCCUUGUUCCUUCAAGAGUACCUUCAUAGGCCGCGAUGUCCUUGCGGACACUUCGCAUUCUGAAGCUUCCUCUAGUGGCAGGGCGGAAAUGGUGCGUAUGCGACUACAGAACCGAGUCACUGUUUUUCGAAACCUUAGAGGACAGCAUUCCGAUGGACAUGCUGCUCAGUCAACGGUAGGGCAUCCCUCUUCUAACUCCGCUUCUCCAUUCUCGGAGGAAUGGUGGAGGAAGCACUCAAGUACUCCUGGAGACUCUAUGUCCGAGCCCAAAGUUGGCCAUCUUUCUCAAAUGAGUACUAUGUUUCCAAAGCACAAAUCUCUUCUUGAUUGGGAGAAUGCGGGGGAGGAGUGGAGUGAAUAUUUGAUGCACGAGACGGCAACAAGCAGAGGUGUUCGUGGCGGCGUCCCUGUGUUCGUGAUGCUCCCUUUGGACACCGUAAGCAUGAAUAACACUCUGAACAGACGUCGCGCCUUGGACGCAUCUUUGCUGGCUCUGAAAUCGGCUGGUGUGGAGGGGGUUAUGAUGGAUGUUUGGUGGGGAAUCGUCGAGAAAGAUGGCCCUCAGCAGUACAAUUGGUCUGCGUAUCAAGAGUUAAUUGAUAUGGUGCGGAAGCAUGGUUUGAAGGUUCAGGCUGUGAUGUCCUUUCACCAGUGUGGUGGCAACGUUGGCGACAGUUGCAAUAUUCCUCUGCCUCCAUGGGUGUUGGAAGAGGUACGAAAGAAUCCAGACUUGGCCUACACCGAUAAGGCUGGAAGGCGCAACUCAGAAUACAUCUCUCUUGGCGCUGACAACGUGCCCGCUUUGAAGGGAAGGACACCGGUUCAAUGCUAUGCGGAUUUCAUGAGGAGCUUCAGAGACAACUUCGACGAUUUUUUGGGAGAUUUUAUUGUCGAAAUCCAAUGCGGAAUGGGACCCGCUGGUGAACUUCGUUACCCUUCAUACCCUGAGAGUGAGGGUAGGUGGCGUUUUCCAGGCAUUGGUGAGUUUCAGUCUUACGACAAAUACAUGAUUGCGAGCUUGAAAGCCAAUGCUCAGAAGGUUGGAAAGCCUGCAUGGGGUUUUAGCGGUCCUCACGAUGCUGGCAGUUACAACCAGUGGCCCGAGGAAGCAGGAUUCUUCAAGAAAGAUGGCACGUGGUCUUCAGAAUAUGGGCAGUUUUUCUUGGAAUGGUAUUCAGAGAUGCUUCUGGCCCAUGGUGAACGCAUUUUGUCACAAGCUACUGGCAUUUUCAGGGGCACUGGAGCUAUCAUUUCAGGCAAAGUUGCUGGUAUCCAUUGGCACUACGGCACCAGAAGUCAUGCUGCUGAGUUGACGGCGGGAUACUACAACACUCGGACCAGGGAUGGAUAUUCGCCCAUUGCCCAGAUGUUCGCCAAGUAUGGGGUUACCCUGAAUUUCACAUGCAUCGAGAUGCGAGACUUCGAACAACCAUCACAUGCACUGUGCAGCCCAGAAGGUCUGGUGAGACAGGUGGCAUUGGCAACACGAAAGGCAGGAAUUUCAAUGGCUGGUGAGAACGCUCUUCCCAGGUUCGACAAUUCAGCGCAUGAACAGAUAGUUCGCAAGUCGAGAUUGCAAAUGAACGAGAAAGGCGAUUGUCAGGAGGAGUAUGAGCCGAUGUCUGCUUUCACCUUCUUAAGAAUGUGUGAGAGCUUGUUCCACAGUGAAAACUGGAGACUGUUCGUUCCGUUUGUGCGCCACAUGGAGGAAGGACGAACGUUUCAGCCCUGGGAGGAAGAAUCACACAGAACGCAGAAUCAUAUGCAUGUGACUCAGCCCUUGGGCCAAGAAGCAGCCUCGUUGAUGUACCACUGAUCCGUAAGCGUGUCAUGGAUUUUAGAGGUUGGUGAUUGCCUCCCAUUUUGCUUGUUACAUACCCAUAUACAUAUUUGUAGCCAGUACGAUAUACCAUACAAACAUAUACAGACAAAUACAUGUAUUCUCGAACUAGAGGAAAUCGCCUUCCAUUACAGGCAUGAGAACUUUUUGUUCUACUCAACAAUGAGAGUAGAUCAACAGCGUAAAAUUAUUUCAUAGUCUGACUCUCUGUUUCAGUAGAUUUGGAAAUACUGAACAAGGGCAACAGUCUGGAGUACGGUUGUAUUAUUAUCUAGGACACUAGUUACUACUCCAGUCAGAUUGCAACCUUAAAUCACCACUGCGUAUCACUGGAUUUUGUGGUAGAAAAGAAGUGGGCAGCUGCUUCUGCAGUCGUUUUGUGCUAGUAUCGAAGUAGGGUGUAGCACGAAAAAUGAAAUGAAAACAAUUAUUCUUCUUCAUCUAAAUUGUGUAAUUUUAAAAAUUCAAUUCUUGUAUAUAUAAAUAUAUUGGAAUA